AUGGCCGAACAGAAGAAGGGCAAGACUCCUAAGGAGUUCUUCAUCGAUUUCAUGAUGGGUGGUGUGUCUGCUGCCGUCGCAAAGACCAGCGCUGCUCCCAUCGAACGAAUCAAACUUCUUGUUCAGAACCAAGAUGAGAUGAUCAAGCAAGGCCGUCUUUCUGAGCCCUACAAGGGCGUCAUCGACUGCUUCUCGCGGACUUACCGUGACGAGGGUUUGGUUUCUCUGUGGAGGGGUAACACCGCCAACGUCAUCCGAUACUUCCCUACGCAGGCUUUGAACUUCGCGUUCAAGGACUACUUCAAGUCAUUAUUCGGCUUCAAGAAGCAGGAGGGAUACUGGAAGUGGUUUGCUGGCAACGUCGCCUCCGGUGCUGCGGCUGGUGCUUCAUCACUGCUCUUCGUGUACUCUCUGGAUUAUGCUCGUACUCGUCUCGCGAACGAUGCGAAGUCAGCCAAGGGUGGAGGAGCUCGUCAGUUCAACGGUCUUGUUGAUGUCUACAAGAAAACGCUCGCUUCCGAUGGCAUCGCCGGCCUCUACCGUGGCUUCGUUCCCUCGGUUGUCGGCAUCGUCGUGUACCGUGGUCUCUACUUCGGUGUCUACGACUCACUCAAGCCUGUUGUCCUCAUUGGUGCGCUGGAAGGUUCUUUCCUUGCGUCCUUCAUGCUUGGUUGGGGUGUUACUGUUGGCGCCGGUCUUGCUUCUUACCCUCUGGAUACCAUUCGUCGUCGCAUGAUGAUGACUUCCGGUGCAAAGGUGCACUACAAGUCCAUGUUCGACGCUGGCGCGCAAAUCGUUGCCAAAGAGGGUACCAAGUCGCUUUUCAAGGGUGCUGGCGCCAAUAUCUUGCGUGGUGUUGCUGGUGCUGGUGUCUUGUCGCUAUACGACAAGUUCCAGGAGGUGAUCUUUGGCAAGGUCUACUCUGGUGGCUCCGGCUAA